AUGGUUGAAUAUGUUCAUUUGAUGGCAAAAGAAUUCAGGGUAUUACAAUCAGAAAAAGUCAGGGCGAUUGGCAAAAAAGCCAUUUCACUAGAUUUAUGGAGAUCACCUUAUAACCAUUAUUAUUUUUUAUGUCUCAAUGUUCACUUCAUAGAUGAUAAUUAUAUUUUACAAAAAGUAUUAUUAGAUUUUAUUUAUUUUGGUGAAAAAAAACAUACUUCAGAAAACUUGUACCACGUUUUGGUUGACCGUUUAAAAAAAUCAAAACACGAAUUUAAAGACUUUAAUAUCCGUACUAAAGAAAGUAACAAGUGCAAGUAA